AUGGAAACCGACAAGAGAAGCUCCUCCGUCGACAAGGCUGCGCCAGAUGCGGUCUCGGCCUUUGAACCAGAUGUGCAGUCUUCUUCCUGGCUUCAGUCGAGGCUCAAGAUUGAGAUGAAGGGCAUUGAGCGCGUCACUGAUGAGGAGCGUCAGCACAAUACGACCAAGUUCUGGAAUGCUUGCACGUUUUGGCUGAGCGCGAACAUGGCUGUCGCUACGCUCAACGUCGGCUCGCUUGGGGGCAUCCUCGGUCUCCCGUUCUGGGACAGCUUUGCGGUGAUUCUGACAAUCAACGUUGUGAGCAACUUGCUGCCAGCAUGGACUGCGGCCUUCGGGCUGACGGGUCUACGAAUGACGACCUUUUCGCGCUACUCCUUCGGGUACUGGGGAAACAUCCUCGUCGUCAUCUUCUCCAUGGUCGCAACAACCGGCUGGAACGCAAUCAACUCGAUCUCCGGAGCCGUCGUGCUCAACGCGCUCUCCGACGGAAAGUGCCCGACCUGGGCGGGCGUGAUAAUCAUCUGCACGGUAGUCUGGAUCGUCUGCGCGCUCGGAUUGAAUUGGAUCCAUCACCUCGAUACAUACGCCUGGAUCUCGCCGCUAAUCGUCUGGUGCGUCGCUGCCGGCACAGGCGCCUCGCAACUGACAGGGGCCGACCCGAAUCCAAUCAGUGGACCGAAUCGGGCUGCACCGGUUCUGACGUUCAUGGCGAGUAUCUUUUCCUUUGCGGUUUCGUGGAUCAAUUGCGCGGCGGAUUAUAAUGUUCGCAUGCCGGUUGAUACGCCGCGGUAUAAGAUCUUCUGGGCCACGUACGUGGGCAUCUUCGUUCCGACCGUGCUGGUGCAGACACUAGGCGCGGCGCUGUACUCGGGUACUCUCACCAAUCCCGAAUGGAAGGAGGCACAUAACGAGUUCGGGGUAGGCGGUCUGCUGAAGAUGGCUCUCGAACCGGCUGGAGGAUUUGGAAAGUUUCUCAUGGUCCUUGCGGGACUGAGCGCGAUUCCGAACAACAUCCCGAACAACUACUCCUUUGCCCUCCACGCACAAAACUUCGGCCCAUGGGCACUAAAAGUCCCCCGCGUCGUCCUGGUUACCUUCGGCUUCGUAGCAGCAAUCACCAUAGGCUGCUGUGCGGCCGAGUACUUUGACGACACACUGCAGACGCUUCUAAGUGUCAUCGGAUACUGGACAGUCAUCCACAUCACCCUAGUGAUCGAAGAACAUGUCAUCUUCCGCCGCGGUUGGAAGGGAUACGAUCUUGAUGCCUGGAAUGACCCGGCCUAUCUCCCAUUCGGAUGGGCCGCAAUAGGCGCAUUUGCUUUCGGCUUCGUGGGGGCUGCGCUUGGUAUGAAAGUGGCGUGGUACGUUGGGCCGAUUGCAAAGUUGAUUGGGGAUGGCGGCGCGAAUAUCGGGCAUGAGUUGACGUUUGCCUUUUCUGCGAUUGCGUUUCCCAUCUUUCGGUGGAUGGAGAAGCGGUAUACUGGUCGGUGA